GUACACCCUACAAUUCUAAAGACUCCAACACCUUGUUGGGGGUGACUGUGCGAAGUUUAUAUCAUUAUCAAGGCACAGCAGAAGGAAGCCACGACUGGCCCCUAACCCCUGAGCUGUCCAAUUAUAUUACCAUUCAGUUUCUGAUCAACUGAAGAUCACUAGUGCUUCAUCGUUGCGGCCUAGAGUGGAUGCGUCGGAGAGCUCGACGGUGAUCCCUCUGGCCACUUUUACUGUAGCUACCAGCCCUGCCCAAGCAGAACCUUCAUUUUGACCCUGCUCCCUCCACUCUUUCAUGCUUUCAUGCUGAUGCUCAAUUCUGGGCUACCAUCUCUAAAAAACACAUUUCGUUAUCUUUACUCGCCUAUUAUUUUUUUUCCCAUUUUUUUUUUCCUGCUGCUCUCGUUGGUCACCAUAAUCUAACGUCAUUGGGUUUCUUGGGUUUUCUUUUGUCGCGCUGACUUUCUCCUUGGACUAUCCUGAUCACUUUCAUAUCUAUUGUUAUCGUUACUCCGCCUCACCCGUCUUACUCGACCAGCGUAUUUAUAUCUACCGGUCUACUCAGCAGUUGUAUUUUAAACAUUGUUAACGUGUCUGCCCGUUCAUCCCGCAUCGGCCAGGGUCUAUGGCGGUGCUACCUCGCUUCCGCAAGAGCUCGGAGCGGCCGGCCUAUGGCCGGAGUCGACGAACGGUACUCACACAUCGCAUUCUACGGUCGUUCCUUCACCUAAUCGCCUGGAUAUUUUUACUUCUCGUUGUCAUUGGGAAUACCUCGGACAAGCCCGUUCUCCGACAGACGUACUUCUUAAAAAUCGACUUGUCCGAUAUUAUCCCUCUAUCCGUACCCAACGCCGUCUUCAUCAACAGUAUUGCGCGAUCUAUCGGCCUGCAUGAUUUCUACCAGGUUGGACUCUGGAAUUUUUGCGAGGGCUACAAUAACGAAGGCAUCACCCACUGUUCGAAGCCCAAGACACUAUACUGGUUCAACCCAGUUCAGAUUAUCCUUAGUGAACUGCUUUCAGGAGCAUCCAUUGCUCUUCCAUCCGACAUAACGGACGCCCUCGACCUUGCCCGAGCCGCCUCCCAUUGGAUGUUUGGUCUCUUCAUCACCUCGACAGUGCUCACAUUCGUCCUCAUCUUUGCAUCUCCGCUUGCUGUCUCAUCGCGCCCACCGCAGACCAUCUCUUCCGACCCAGGAGUCAAUCGGUUACACCCUCCGCACCGCCGACGCACUUUCAUCUUCUGCCGCGCCAUUCCAUUUACGAUCAUCACCUUCCUAACUGCCAUCUUCACAAUCGUUGCCGCGGUCAUCGCGACUGUUAUGUUUGUCUUGUUCAAGAAUAUCUUCACUAGCGGUGAUGCAUUUGAUCUCAACAUCAGGGCCGAAUUGGGUACCCGUAUGUUGGCGUUUAUGUGGAUCGCUGCAGCGUUCAACCUUAUCGCGUUCAUCAUCGAACUGGGUUCUUGCUGCGCUGCCUGUUGCGGUGGACGAAAGGCGCGUAAGGCGCUCAAAAGUCACCCUGAACCUUCCACGGGCACUGCUACCGGCAGCGCUACACCCGAGAUGCGCGAGAAGAGUAGCCCGCACUCACGCAGUCCGACGACAUCUGAACAUCAAUAAGCAGCCUAUCCUGGUAUCCGUUUUGUAUAUACCAGCGAUAGGAAUCAUCCUUAGGGAUCAUCAAUAUAUAUGCAAUAUUACUCACGGAAA